CGGGGCUGGGGGUGGUGCUUCUUCUCCGGCGGCCGCGUCAGAGCCGGCUGCGGGGUCACGCAGCGCCGCGGGCCCGUUGCUACCGUUACGGGGGCUUGUUUUACGGGGUCCUUCCCGCCGCCGGGCGGAGCUGCGCUGUAGACAGCGCUAGAGAGUCUGGCAGCGGGGCCGCAGCCUGGGAUCGGGGGGCGCUUCUGCGAAAUGAACCGAAGUGAAACAGCAGCCUCGAGUGUUUGACUAGUGUGUGCAGGCCCCGAGAGAUCGUCACGCCUCUGGGAGCUGUGGUGGCCGGCUCAGGAAGGCCUCCCUAGAUUUUGUUUCUCUGCAGUUUGUUGUAGCUGAAGAAAAAUGAUGGAAGAGAGUGGAAUAGAGACGACCCCACCUGGCACUCCCCCGCCAAGCACAGCAGGGGCAGUAGCUGCUGGUAUCACCAUUGCCACCACCACCACACCUGUCUCAUUAGCUUUGUCCAGUUCUCUCACUGCUCCAGACAUAUCCCCUCUCCCAUCUUUCCCUCCUCAAUCAUUCUCCACACCUCUACCACCCCUAGUGUCUUCACUUCCUCCUAUGAGGUCAUCCGCGCCUUUGCCAUUUGUGCCUUCUGCAACAGUUUCAACUAUUGCACCCCCUUUAACUCCUGCCCCACCUCCUAUUACCCCUCCAACCGCUUCAGCUUUUAGCGGUGCCAUGUCCCAUUUCUCAACACCUCCUCCCCUAAGCUGUAUUCCUAGCCCUAACCUUUCUGCACCUCCCACGGCACCCCCCAUUUCAGGAUUUUCCAUUGCUUCAUCCUAUGACAUUACCAGAGGUCAUGCUGGGCGAGCACCACAGACCCCGCUGAUGCCAUCGUUUUCUGCACCUUCAGUCACAGGUGUCUUGACAAAUCCUGUUACUCAACAAACAACUUUCCCAUCCUCUCUGAUGCCCGGAACUGGAAGUGGCUCUGCAAUAACUUUCCCAGAGGAGCAUGAAGACCCCAGAGGAGCUGGCAUACAGAAUGAAGCAUCUGCUGGGGGCCUCUGGGGAUUUAUAAAAGGUGUAGCUGGGAAUCCUAUGGUAAAGUCGGUGCUUGAUAAAACAAAACACUCAGUAGAGUCCAUGAUCACCACGCUGGAUCCUGGCAUGGCUCCAUAUAUCAAAUCUGGGGGAGAACUGGACAUAGUGGUUACCUCCAAUAAAGAAGUAAAAGUUGCUGCCAUUCGAGAUGCUUUCCAAGAAGUCUUCGGAAUGGCCACAGUUACAGGAGAAGCUGGACUGUCUAACAUUGCACCACAACCUGUGGGCUAUGCAGCUGGAUUAAAAGGAGCUCAGGAAAGGAUAGACAGCUUGCGUCGGACUGGAGUGAUACACGAGAAACAGCCUGCUGUAUCUGUAGAAAAUUUCAUCGCAGAAUUGCUUCCUGACAAGUGGUUUGACAUUGGAUGUCUGAUUGUUGAAGAUCCAGUCCAUGGGAUUCAUCUAGAAACUUUUACCCAAGCGACACCAGUGCCUCUGGAAUACAUUCAACAGGCGCAGAGUCUCACUCCCCAGGACUACAAUCUAAGAUGGUCAGGUCUUUUGGUGACAGUUGGUGAAGUGCUGGAGAAGAAUUUACUGAAUAUCAACAGGACUGAUUGGCAUGUGGCAUUCACUGGUAUGUCCCGUCGACAAAUGAUCUACAGUGCAGCCAAGGCUAUAGCAGGAAUGUACAAACAACACUUACCACCCAGGACCAUUUGAAAGAAGCUUGACUCAUCACACUGAGUACUGUUUUUCUGUUCAGCUUGAUAUGAAGGAAAAGAUUGCAGCUUCUGCCAAUAUUCAAGUCCUCUGUGGAUACAGCACAAUUUUGUAAUCUACCUGUCAACUGUAAUUUUUUUCUUUUUAAAAAAUGAAGGUACUGUUCCAAUAAUGGAAAUGAACAACUCCAAUUUUUAGUAAUCCAGUAUAAUUAAUGAGAAGGGAAUUAGAUGCAAACAGAUACAUUUAUAGCAAGGCCAAAUAGCAUUAAUUAAAAUUUGUAAGGUGGAAUGCAUUUUCAUUUCAGACACUUAACUUAAUAUUUUAUUUACUCAAGUAUAACUUUUUAAAAGGGGGUGAGGGUACAAAUAUUAUCUUUUGCAUUUCAGUCGAGGCACUACCCUGUAUUUUCUAGAUGUCUAAAUUUUGGAAGUAUUUAGCACUUCAUAGGGUUGGCCCCUAUGUUUGCAUGAUCUCAGAACUGUUGCUGAGUAGUUCUAAAGCAUCUUAAAAGUGAAUAACCAAGGAAGGGCAUAAGUCCAUGCUCAAAAAUAUCCAAAGUGGGGGCCAAAAUAACUUUGAAUUUUCAUCUUCCAUACCUCUUUUAAAAAAAUACUUUUUCUGAAGUAUGGUCCAAGACAAUUCCCCUGGAAACCAAUGAAUUAGGCACUUCAUACACAUGAAAAUGUGUCAACAACUCAGUAUAACACAAUUCACUUACUCCAGCAUUUAUUUACAUACAGUCAUCUGGGGUACAUAACGCAAGCUCUUAUGUAAUUUUCUUUAUCAGUUUUCAUCUACCACAAAUUAAUAUAGCAAACUGUGACAUUCAUACGGUUUGCUCUGCCAUUCUAUAUUUUCCAAAGCAGGAAUAAACUCCUGCAUGGUGUGAUAGGUGUCGUUGAUUCACUGCUUCUCCUAUAUAUCUUUGAUAUCUGUCCUUCAUAGCUGAAGAUAUCCCAAAUCUAUGCUCAAAGAUAAUCCUAAAUCUCUAUUCAGAAAUACAGAAGUUAUUGUAAAAUAAUAUUUUGAUAAUAGGUUUGUUUUAAAAACAAUGAAUUCUUUGUUUGCCUUAAACACUAGCUUUUCAGCUUGAACUGCUCUGCCUUAUCUUUUGUAGAUGAUUUCAAAGAACACUUUUAUAUGCCAUAUACUGUCUAGCCAACUUCUUAUAUUUGUACCCAGUGAAAACCUGUUCUUUUUCUAAGUAAUAUAUUUUGCCAUAAUUGGCUCAGUGUAAAUUAAUAUUAAAUAAACAUUUUUCCUACAGAA